UGCGAACGAAGAAUCCUGGCCUGCUUCACGAUUGAUGUCGGACAGGUUCUGCUAGCUCUCGGCCCCCCAGUGGAGGCAGCCUUCUCGACCUGCACUGUGGACAGUAUCUACGCAAAUACGCCAGCCAUCCAGGCCUCCAUCCACCAGCAUCUUGAGCAGAGCAGUCAGCAGGCGUUUGGAAUCGAGGUGUUGCUUGAAGAAGUCAAGCUAAUUGCCCUGCAGUGUGCAGCAGUUCUGAAAAGAAUGCACAACCUGAGUGAAUUGGCACCGGAUAAGGAACCAGAGCCCGUAGUGGAGCCGAUUCUACGCGAAGAGCAGCAGCUACACAGAGACCCAUCUCUACUUGAGGAGUAUUCGUUGGUCCUCUUUCGGGCACUGGAUUUCAUUAAGGAGUGCGUGAACCGCAAACAACAACUCUGUGACACUUUUAAAGAAUUGGUGAAUCUUCUGGGUGGGAGAGAGCCCGGGACCUCACCGGAAAACACAGAAUGUUCGCAGGGAUCUGCUUUAUCUGAGAAGGAGACAGCGCCACUUACGGUAGCGGCUUCCGCAGACAUUAACAGGGUCCUGCAGAUAUUGGUGGACAAAAUGAAGGAGGAAAAGAAUAUACAGUAA